CUCUAAACGGCGACGCUUUCUAUUUACACAGCAAUUGCCCUCCACAUCCGCAGACAUGGCGAGCAAACUGUGCCCCCUUUUCUUUCGGACGGCAGUUCGGUCAGGAUGCCGGGUGUCGAGGCCCCAAAUCAGAAAUUUUUCGCUCACGGCGAGGAGACCGAGCGAGACCCUCAGCGUGCACCGCAACACACCAGACAACAACCCGGACCUUCCGUUCAAGUUCACGGCGCAGAAUGAAACUAUCAUCGCCGAGAUUCUCAAGCGCUAUCCGCCACAGUACAAGAAGGCGGCCGUCAUGCCCCUGCUGGACCUGGGCCAGCGGCAACACGGCUUCACCAGCAUCAGCGUCAUGAACGAGGUGGCGCGCCUCCUCGAGAUGCCCCCCAUGCGGGUCUACGAGGUCGCCUCCUUCUACACCAUGUACAACCGGACGCCCGUGGGCAAGUUCUUUGUGCAGGCAUGCACUACGACCCCCUGCCAGCUGGGCGGCUGUGGCAGCGAUGUCAUUGUCAAGGCCAUCACGGAGCAUCUGGGCAUCAAGGGCGGCGAGACGACGGCGGACGGCCUAUUCAGCUUCCUCGAGGUCGAGUGCCUGGGCGCGUGCGUCAACGCGCCCAUGAUCCAGAUCAACGACGACUACUACGAGGACCUGACCCCCGAGACAGUCAAGUCCCUCCUCACCGCCCUCAAGGAGAGCGCCUCCGCCGUCGGCAAGGCCGUAAAGGUACCGGCCCCAGGCCCCCUGAGCGGGAGGCAGACGUGCGAGAACAGCAAGGGCCAAACGAACUUGACGAGCGAGCCGUGGGGGGCCGAUACCACGAGGGCGGACCUGUAGAGUAUGGACUUCUUAUCCUGCCUACUUCAAACCAUGUGAAUGGUCGACUGGGGAGUUGGGAGAGGAUAUCAUGGAGUGGAGGGGAUUGUAUAUAGAAUUGUACUGUCACACAGAAGACAAAAAAACUGAACGUGCUAGACAAACUGGACUGUUGUUACC